AUGUUCAAGUCCCCAAUACAGGAGUCUGAGGACAACAAGUACACAGACCUGCUGUCGUAUGUCAAGCAGGAGGCUCAGCAUGAGCGAGAGGGAUGGCGCAGAAGGCUGUCGGAGACCUUCUCUGAACAAGCAGCAGCGGGGAACGAGGAGCGGUCAGAUAUGCAGGAGGCGAAAGGGGAGGAGGAGGAGGAGGAGGAGGAGGAGGAGGGAUACGGCGUGCUGGAAGCGAGGCAGCAUGAGCUGCUUCAUCUGCUCAAGAAGCUUCAGAUCAGCAAGGGGGAGCUGGAGACUGAGGUAGCCCGCCUGACAGUGGAGCUGCACAACGAGAGGAAGUUGACCGAGGAGCUCCGACAGGAUCUGAGGGGGAAGAUGAAGGAAUUUCUGGUUCUGCUGCCUGAGUCAAAGGAGAGAGCUGUGGUCGAGCUCUACAACGAGGUGAAGAAACUUGAGAUCUCAAGGAGGAGACUUGACAUGUCCAACCGCGUCGCGGACAUGAGGGAAGAGAUUGAGAGAGAGAAGGAGCGAGUCUUCAACCUGCUGCAAGCGGCACGAAGGGAGCUGGCGAUUCAGGGAGGGGAGCUGAUUGAGGUCAAAAGCGAGUGGGAGAGGGAGAGGAGGAGGAUGCAGGAGCAGAGGGAGGAGGCGGAGGAGGCGAUGGAAGCAGAGCGGCGGAAGAUGUUUGAGCUGUUUCAGGAGCUGCUAGCGAAUCAAGUUGAGAAGAAUACCAAGGAGGAGACAAGCGACCCCAACUCUGAGGUUGAUUGCGACGAGAUAUGA